UACAAGACUACAACGCUUUUAAUGACGCAACAUUAGCAGAUAGCUUCAGCUUCGUUGAUUAUUAUGAGAGCGUGCGUUCUAGUGUAGUCGCGUCUUUUGCAGUGCAUAUAUAGUGUCACGGCGAUACUAGCCUACUUCGACAGAUGAGAUAAUGAUGAUGGGGACUUUUAUUAGACUUGACUACUUACGAUCAAAACAAGGAAUACUUAAGAUUGCUCAGCACGUGAUUCUCCUCGCAGCGUUCGCAUGUGUUCGCUCCACGUUUUACAACAACUUGGAUUCCUACAGGUUCUAUGAAGUGGUCACACUGGGUUACGCUGUUGCAAUCUUCAUUUUCUUAGUCCUGACUGUCUUUGGGGUUCCGAAAAGGGUGCUAUUUGUGAACUGGGCUGUUACUGAGUUUAUGCUCGAUACACUGGGAUUCAUCUUUGUCUCCACUGGUUCCAUUGUGGCUGCUGUAAAAUCUUGUGAAGUCGCAUUGCUGGUUACUGCCUCAGUGUUUGGUUUUCUGGCCUCAUAUCUUUUAGUUUGUAGUGUAAUGUUGUCAUUUGUUGCCUCUCGCCACACACAAACUGCGGGUCCACCGAUACAAAACCACUGUCUGGAAGAUGGUUCAUAAGAUUAAGAAUUAUUCUGAAAUAUCACACGACUUCACACUGAUGUGGAAAUAAAGGGCAACUAUAGUUGAAGUCAGAAGUUUCCAUACACCUGUACAUGGUUGCUUUAGUUACAGUGGCUGUAAAAAUAUAUUGUUCAUUGUUAUUUCAUGAUACCGAAUACAUUCACUAAUGUACGAAGGGAACCAUAUUGUUAAGUGUUACCCAAAUUUAUCUGGAAUAUAUAUGGUAUACUGUGAAUUUUUAAACAUUAAAGU